UUUGACAUGAAGUUGACAUUCUUACAGCCAGCCAUGUUGUUCUAUGUGUUGUAAUUUUUCGUUGAUAUUAUCAAAACUGUGAGAUUUAUCUGAAUUUAAACAAAAUACUGAAUGAAUGUUAUUAAUUGUGCUGCAUCUAACUCUUGAAAGUGCUAUUUAGAGCUCACUGCAUGACAACACCACGAGUUUAGGGUCGAGAUAGUAAAAAGAACAAUUUCAAAAUGGCUAAGAAAAAGAUUAAACCCAAAGUGAAACAAACGCCUAAGCCAUCAUCUAUUCCUGAGAAUUUGACUUCAAAAGUAUUAGCCGACACAUAUAGUUCACCAUCUCCACCAGUCUUUAUGAAAGUAUGUCGUCUGUGUGAAAGUAAAGAUGGACCUUUUUUGAACAUUUUCGAUGCUGACAAAGUGACUGCUAAAAAGAUCGAGGAACUAAUGCCUUUUGGGAUUGCAGAAAAUGAUGAUCUCCCACACAAAAUAUGUUUCCGUUGCUCAGCAAAAUUAGAAGAACUACAUGAAUUUAUACAAAAAUGUAUUAAAACACAAGAAAGUUUACAGAAAGCAAUAGGUAAGACUGGUCCUUUAAUUACUAAAGCCAAAACUGUAAAAGUAUGGGAAGAAAAGCUAAACAAAAAUAAUAUGAGUAAUGAUGAUAUUUGUGACGCUUUGAUAAUGAAAGCCAUGGCGGGUAUCAAAAAUAUACCUCUUAGUCCACCUGUGGAAGAAAAAUCACCUCCACCAAAUAAACGAGUUACCCGAAGAACUGAACCAGCUGGGUCUAAAACUGAAGCAGUUUCUGACAAUGAAGACAGUAACAUUAGUCUUAAAGAUGUUAAGUCACAAAUGUUGAAGAAUAAUGAGAAAGGCCCCGGGAAUAAACAAAAUAAACAAGCCAAAACUCUUAGUAAUAAUGUAGAACCAGCAAAGCCUAGCAGUUCUAAAAAAUCCCAAAGAGAAGAAAAUCAGCCUGCUAACAAACCCAACACCAAUCCUCUGAUAAACAAUUUUAGUUUUGACUAUGGGGUAGAAAAAACGUCUAGUGAGGAUGUUGAUAAAAAACAGGAAAAGCCAGCAGAAAAACCAUUUAAUAUCAUGGAUCAUAUAAGCAUGAUCAAAGUUAAUGGAGUAGGUGUAUUAUUUCAAUGUAAAUUGUGUAACAGAAACUUUUUAAAAAAAGAAGUUGUAGAAUCUCAUCAUUGUGCUAAAAAUGGAGUACCUAAAGUGGAAACUCCCAAAGUAGUGCCUGUACCAGAAGCACCUAAGGUGUCGACUGUUAAAUAUAUUACACUCGGUAAUACAGCAAAACAAUCACAGUCUUGGAAAUGCAAUGAUAAUAGUAAUGGGUCCAGUACUGAUGGUGAGAAGUCUAGUGGAGAAGAGAACAAACAAGAAGAGCAGAGAGUUCAGCCUGCUCCAAAACCUAAACCUAAAGCUGGACCAGCCAGUAAAACGAGACGUGUGGAAAAUGAUAAUACACAUCCUGGGCCAUCACAUAGUUCUGAUUCCCAACAAUUACAAACAAAUGUUCAAACACCUUCAGUACAUAUACCAAGUGCACCAAACUUGAAUGGUCGCUUCAAAUUGGUGCCAGGUCCAAACAACAUGUUUACACUGGUAGAAGAUACAUCAGUUCCAACAAUAGUAGAAAAUAAUAAGAGUAAAAAGCGUAAAUCUGAAACAGAAUCAGAAGUAAAGUCAAAAGAGCAAAAGAGAGAUAAUCAUAAGUCCUAUGACCCAGAUGUUACUAUCCCACAAGAUAAAUCAACCCCAUACCCUGUUGGAUUAUUCCAAACAGUUGCACAUUCUGGUCAAAUGUAUCAACAGCCAAUGGCUACCCCAACUGCAUUUACCACACCAGCCAUGAAAAAGCAAUCUUACACAGUAGUCCAAACUGGAAAUCCCAGUAAACUGCUUAUAUCAACGAAAGCCUUAGACCUACCUGUUGAAGCUCCUAAAAAACGGGUAAAAAGAUCUAAACCCGAUGUUCCAGAAAAUGAAGAAUCUAAAGAGCCAUUUAAAGUCACAUUAGAAGAUGUUGCUCCACCAAAAGACGCCGGCUUCUUCACAUUUAUCAAUGUAGAUCCACUAUUGCAACCUUCAUAUGUUUUACCUACCGAUAACAUAAUUCAAGAAUCACAAAUUUCAACUUCUUCAGCUGUUCGAAAUGCUGCAGAAAAUGUCAAAGAAAGCAAAGACAGUAAGUACUCGUGUAAUAUGUGUGGAGAAAACUUUACAAGGGAGAAAAAGCUAUUAGCUCAUAUACAGUCACAUUAUACCAAGAUGGAUGAAGAGGACCAGUUGAGGGCAGAUAAGGGGUCUAAGAAGAAGAGUAGGAAAUAGUAGCAGCUGGAUUGAGGACAAUUGGGAUUGAAAAUAGUAACUAUGCAAUGUGAAAAUGUUAGUACUACUUAACAUUUAUUUAUUUUCAUUAACUAAAUUGAUCUGGCACAAGUCGAUUGAGUUUUGUAGAUGUCAUCUGAAAAAAAACAUAUUUGCAAAAAGAGCUUUACUUAGCUUAAGUAUAUUAAGGUG